AUGUUCCGUCUUGUCGCUGAUGUCGAGCAAUACCCCCAGUUCGUGCCGCUCUGCCAGGGGCUGCAUGUGCGGGGCCGUAAAGAGAUGGAAGAUGGCCGCACGGUGCUUGUCGCCGACAUGACGGUUGCUUACAAGCUGUUCAAGGAAACCUUCACGAGCCGCGUAGAAUUGCGUCCCGAGGACCGUUCGAUUCUCGUUGAGUACCUGGAUGGCCCCUUCAAGCACCUGGAAAACAAAUGGACUUUUGAAGACAAGGGUGAAGGGAGCUGCGAUGUCGGCUUUUUCAUUACCUACGAAUUCAAAAGCAGAACGCUCGGAUCCCUGAUGGGUGUCAUGUUCGACAAGGCGUUCCGGAAAUUUUCCAGCGCGUUCGAGGCGCGUGCCGACGAUGUUUAUGGCACCUGA